UAUAUAAAAAAAAACCUCCAUUUUAGAUUUAAGACUAACACUUGUAUUGAAACAUUUAAGAAUUCUCAGACGUCAAUUUCACUCGUUAAAGUUUUAAUUGUGAUAACAAAAUAAAAAAUUACUCAAUUGAAUUUCGCAACCGCUAAAUACUCCUUAUCAUAAGUAAGAACAAAAUGUCGCGUUAUCGCGAAUGGGAUUUGUCAUGCAAAGUUUACGUCGGAGAUUUAGGCAGCAGUGCCAGUAAACACGAAAUAGAAAACGCAUUCAGUAAAUAUGGACCUCUGAGAAAUGUUUGGGUGGCGAGAAAUCCACCGGGUUUUGCGUUCGUCGAGUUUGAAGACCCCAGAGAUGCUGAAGAUGCCGUCCGAGGACUUCAUGGAACGAGAUGCUGCGGCACUCGUGUAAGAGUUGAAAUGUCUUCAGGAAGAAGUCGUCGUGGUGGUGGGGGAGCUCGUCGCCCUGGUCCGCGUUACUCUAGGUCGCGAUCCCGCAGUCCUCGUAGAAAAUCAAUAGGCCGCUACCCUAGGUCGCUGUCCAAGAGCCCGAAGAGAUCACCCGUUACAAGAUACUCCAGAUUCUACCAGUGUCAACUCCUAGUUCUACUCGUCUCCCCGCCACUACUACUACUACUUCUACUACAGCCACCGUGAAAAAUAAAUAAACAUCUAGCAAUAAAAAAAAGUAGACUUUAAAAAGUCAAAAAAUGAGUUUAAGUAAAAACAAAACAAAAAAAUUAUAAAAAAAAAAAAUAGCCUGCCUGCCCACUAACUUCCCAACCAGUCACCAUCAGUCACCAACCAAGUCACCAAUAGGAGCCAGUCGUCUGUCGGAUCAGUCAGUCAGUCAGACAGUCCGUUGCUGUCCGUCAGUGUACGUCAAUUACCCUUCAAUAAUCCAACUUCGGGCAACCGCAUCUCUUCUAAGCCGUCUAGGAGCACCGUUAUCCAUCAAUCAGUCAAUCAAUCAAACAAGCCAACGCGAUAUGAACUCUUCGAUCAAAAUAUUCAGCGCGUAUCGUCCCAACUUCUACUACUACUACUACUGCUACUACUACCACUACUACUAGUACUGCUACUACUACUACUACCACUACCGGCAAUCACAUCGUUUUAAUUAGCUGAAUAUUUAAA